AUGGCUUCCUCUUGGAGGUACCCUCGCCGCCGCCAGGACGACUACGACGAUGAGGACGACUAUGAGGACGAGGAGGACGACGACUAUGAGGAGCAGGAGGAUGACGAUGAAGAGACAGAGGAAGGCAGCACCGAGGAGGAGAGGUCUCCAACCCCCUACAACAUGGAGCUGCACUCCAUGACCGCAAAGGGCAUCCAACACUUGUGCUCCGAGCUCCUGGAAAUAAACGAGGCCUCGCAGGAAGACUUCCAAAGGAAUGUUCACCUAACCUACCUCUCCUUCCUCAGAUUGUUCCAAGAAGCUGGCGAUCUGGAGAAAGAUGUCGACCAUCUCAAACGCCAGGCCAUGGCGCAGAGGAGCCUCCUCCAACAUCUCACAAACAACCUGUACUCGCCCUCGAUAAUACCGGAGAAUUCAACAAUUGAUCCAUCACCCAGCAGUAUCGCUGACACCGCCGUCGAUCCGUUGGACGUUCUUCUGUCAGAGCACAGGAUGGACCAAGCCCUUGAGCUCCUUGAAGCGGAAGGGCAGGCGCUGGAGAAACUGCACGGCGACGACGCCCAGAUGAUCACGGCAAGCAUGUCCGCGCUGUCGGCCCGGAGAGCCAGAGUCGCCGACCGCUUCGCCACCCUCGCCGGCAACCGGCGGACGCCACGGCACGAGCUCCUCCAGGCGCUCUCCGGCCUCUGCAGCCUCGGCGACGCUCAACGGGCGAACCACCUCCUCUUCAAGUUCUACAGCCGGGGAGGUGCCCUCCGGUGUGUCGAGGAGCUGAGGUCAUCAUCACACAGGAAUUGCAUCGGGGAGCUGGCGCACACGGUCUUCUCCUCCAUCCUCAAGGCGUCGAGGAGCUUCGUCGCGCUGCACGGGCCGACACCGUCUCCCGAGCUCAGCCGGUGGGUGAAGGGGGAAAUUGAUGACUUUGUCGCCACGUUCCGCGACUACUUCAGGUCCGUAUCAGAAGCCGAGGCCGGCGACGAGCUGGCACUGGCGACUGAAGCCGCCAACUGCGCCGUCUCCUACUCUUCCAUGCUCGGCACGGUCGUCUCGGUGGAAGAUGUCAAGGCAUUGAUCCGGCCUUGCAUGGAGGAGCUGCUGUCAACGUAUGCCAAGCAUCUGGAGAAGGUCGUCAGGUUGUUGGUUUGCUCCGACGCAUGGGUGCUGGGGAGGUUCCUCAGGUCAGGAGUCCUAAGGCUACCUCCCGCUCCCGGUGGCAGCGGCGGUGGCGAAAAUGAGCACUGCUUGCUCACGGCCAGUGGAAGGAAAUUUGUCACGUUGAUGCAGGAGGUUGUGGAGGACGUGUCCCCGCUGCUGCGCCUUGGGAUGAAGAGCUCAGUGCUGCAGCUCCUGGCCGGGUUGUUCAGAGACUACAUGCACUCCAUCCUAGCCGUCGACGCAGUCGACCAGCAGCAGCAGUACAUGUGGCAGCUCUCCUUCCUCAUCAACUGCACCACGCUGGUCUCCUUGUUUCCGAUCAUCGCCCACGGUGUCUUCAUAAAGAGCAACAACCAAGCGUCGCCGUCGCAGAUGGAACCAGAACUCCACGGCUUGACCGUGUUCAUCAAGGAAGCAUCCGGUCAAGUAUGGACACACUUCUGCCAGCAGUUCAUACGAGACACCACGUCGAGUCUGCAUGAUAAACCAACAUCGACAGCGACAAGCUUCCUGCCCAUGAUGCCUUGUUCUGCAUUCCAGACGGUGUUCCUGCGGGUGAGACAGUUGAGUGAUCUGUAUGGCACCAUCUUGGCCGGUAAAGACGGGACCAUGAGAAAACUGCUGCAGGAGUUGAUGGAGGCCAUGAUAAUCUGGCUCGGGAGCAACCUAGAUCCCUGGAUCCAUCACGCUCAGAAUCUACCCAAGGACACACUUCUUCAUCAGAGACUGUACUGCACGCAGAUCCAGUUAGAUGUUCAUUUUCUACUUGAAAUUGCACAAUUUGGUGGUUUCUCUUCCGACGGUAUCAGAACCUCCGCAUUGGACCUGCUUAGCAGAGCACAAGAGAAAAUAUCAUCUUUGGAACCCAGUGUGAAGAGUGAUACCAUCCAUGAAGAGGCAUGGGCUACCAAUGCCGCGAAACGGGCAGUCCAAGCGCUGGUGGGAGGUGGAGUAGAUAGCUCCAGUUCACAAGAAAAAGAAGCAACUGUUCAAAGUGGUGAAGAUGUGUUCAACGUUGGAGGAGUUGAUGUGGGAAGGAAUGCUCAAGGAAGAGAUGAGGAGACCGAUGAUAAUGUCACCAGUUUAGAUCAGAACGACACACCGGAUACUUCGAGCGAUAAACAUGCCCUGGGUGAAACCGGCUGCGAUGAGAAGUCCACCGAUGAAUUCAUGAGCAUCGAGAGUGAUGGUGGAGCAGCUGAGGGCAACACCGAAGAUGGUGUGUUGCCGGGGAAUCCAUUGAUGACAAGCACUGGAUUCCUUGAUUCAGAAAAGCAUAAGUUGCCGGCAGAGAACAUACCCGUAGAUGUCCAUGGUGAUGGAAUGGGCGGGACAGGAGGCUCAGACGCUGUGGUGGAAGCAACUCCAUGUGAUUCACACGAAGAUGAAGAUGACGAUGACAAGUGUACCUUGCCAGAACUUUUGCUGGACAAGAUGAACCCUAUCCAUGCGCUCAGUGACCAGAGUGCUACGGACACAACGAGCACGAGCUCCAUGGAAAUGGAAAGUGGUGAUCAACACCCUGAUCCGGGGACCGGUAGCAGCGGCGACGCCGACAUCAGGAGGCGACGUGGUGCAGCUGCAGACAAGAGAGGUGGUGGUAAUAGAAAGAAGAGGGAGGACAUGAGAAGAAGCAGUAGGCCGAGAUGGCAAUGA